CACAAUAAAAAUUCAUGACGUCAUAGCCCACGUGCCGACUGGCUACCGCCAUAUGCAGAUAAAUAAUCUGUCAAAUAAUAAAAAGCAGUACAGAAAUCUCUAUGUUAUGGUAGCCCAUUAAAGUAAAAUGCCUACAUAUUUUCAACGUCCGGAAAACGCCCUUAAAAGGGCUAAUGAAUUUAUUGAUGUGGGAAAGAAGCAGAGAGCUCUUGAUGCCUUAUAUGAUGUUAUCAAGAGUAAGAAGCAUCGAACAUGGCAGAAAAUCCACGAGCCAAUCAUGGAAAAGUAUUUGGAGCUGUGUGUGGAACUUCGUAAAAGUCACAUCGCCAAAGAAGGUCUAUACCAGUACAAGAACAUCUGUCAACAGGUUAAUAUCAAGUCUCUGGAAGAUGUGGUCAGGAAGUAUAUUGGUCUCGCUGAGCAGAAAACAGAGGAAGCUAGGCAAGAGUCUCAUCAAGUUGUCAUAGACGUAGAUGAUCUUGAAAUGCCCGACACUCCAGAAAGUUUGUUGUUGAAAGCUGUAAGUGGUGAAGAUACCCAGGAUCGUACUGAUAGAGCUAUACUUACACCAUGGGUUAAGUUUCUCUGGGAAUCUUAUCGUCAGUGUCUCGACUUGCUAAGAAACAACUCUAAAGUUGAAAAACUUUACCAGGAUAUUGCUCAACAAGGUAACUAUUAAAAGUUUAAAACUGUU